AUGAGCACAAAGAGGAAAGCACCGAGCAGACCUGGCAACAUGAAGACGGGAAAGUUUCAGGGGGAGGUCGAGAGGGACUCUGGCUUUUCAGAUGCCAGUUCUGAGCACUUGAACACCACAGACUCGGAGGAUUCGCCCGGUCCGGCACGUUCUUCGAAGCCGAGCGCGCGGCUCACUGUCCUGGGAGGGUCCUAUCCCAGCCUCUCCCCCAUGAUCAUCAUGAACAACGUGGUUCUCAAACAGCCCGCGGAUCCUCCUCCAGCUCUGAAGCCCUGGAGGUUCAGUCCUGCGGUGGAUGUGGUUCAGCCAGUGGUCCAGCAGCCACAAGUGGUCUUCCUACAGCCAGUCGUAUCCCAGAAAACCUCAUCUACUCCCAAGACGUCCAGCAAACAUCGCCGUUCCAAAAAGUACCUUCCAAUCCUCAAAUCGUACCCCAAAAUUGCUCCCAGAGACAGCAGCAGCAGCAGCAGCAGCAGCAGUAGCAGCAGCAGCAGCAGCAGCAGCAGCAGCAGCAGUAGUAGCACCAGCACCACCAGCAGCAGCAGCUCAGGCCGAGGGACUGUUUCGUCUAUAUCCUCUGCUUCUUCCGCCACUUCAAACGGCAGUUGCCAAAACACGGAAAACCCACAUCGAAAUAGCGCAAGCAGCGUUCAAAAUGCACUAUCGAAUCUUCCACUCACUCAAAGUGCCGUUUUGCCACAACUCCCAAAUCAACUUCUUCCUUCUCUUAAACUGAGCCAAAACGUACUUUCGCAAGACGACCAAAACCACUUAGCCAAGUCCUCGGAGCUCGCCGCGACGCAAUCUCUCGCCUUCAACCCCAAAAAACAUUCACUCCAGACUCUGCUAAGCGACAGCAAAAGCGCUCAGGCCUCGCAGCUUGACGGCGAAGGCAACAGCGACGUCAGAAGGAAGCGUUUUUGCAACACAUACAACAUACUGAGCCAGUCGGGCUUGCUGGACAUCACGCUGCGCACCAAGGAGCUUUUACGCCAGAACAAGCGCACGCAGACGGACAUACAUCGGCUAAAAGAACACACUGAUCUGUUCCUGCAUGCGCUGCGGAGCGGGGACACCAGCAUCUGCGUCAAGCUGCAGGCCACUCUCCGAGAAGAGGAAAAGGAGCAGGAGAAAGAGGAAGAGGGGAAAGAGGUUAAAGCCGAUUAA